UUUAGUAAGGGACAAUAAACCUCGGACUAUUAUAGAAACGUGUUGUAAAGAGUUGUCAGUUGUUAAGCGUUAGCAUAAUAUUUAUUUCGAGUCCUUGUUAAAUGUCCUCUUCGCACAUGUCAUCCUUGGCGGAUUAGUUAGGGUAAAUAGAAAGAGUUUGUUAAUUUGUAGCCACCAUAGUCACCAAGUUGUUCUCGGUCGCCAUGUUUGCUUUGGGUGACGCCAACCGUCUCCAUUUUCCUCCGCCUCUGGUUGUCAAGAAGAUGGCAGCUUCCAGGCAGGCAUGAGAGGACAUAUUUCUUCGCAAAUCGAAUGAAUCGGAAUUAUUACAACAAGAUUAGACCACCCGUCAGUGCUUUUGCAAAUACUGCAUCGAAUUAGAAGUCAUGUCUGUCCCUGGCACCGCGGUGACUGGGACCUCGGCGUCGGUUCUGCAACCGCGGUGGAAACGGGUCCUCGGAUGGUCGGGUCCUGUUCCCCGGCCCAGACAUGGACACAGAGCUGUGGCGAUAAAGGAACUGAUGGUUGUGUUUGGCGGUGGAAAUGAAGGGAUAGUGGAUGAAUUACAUGUCUACAAUACUGCAACAAACCAGUGGUUUAUCCCGGCUGUCCGUGGUGACAUUCCACCCGGAUGUGCUGCUUAUGGUUUUGUCUGUGAUGGCACAAGAUUGCUGGUAUUUGGUGGUAUGGUGGAAUAUGGAAAGUACAGCAAUGAUCUCUAUGAAUUACAGGCCAGCCGAUGGGAAUGGAAAAAGUUAAAAGCAAAAAAUCCCAAAAAUGGCCCCCCUCCCUGUCCGCGUCUUGGUCACAGUUUUUCCCUGGUGGGAAACAAAUGCUACUUGUUUGGCGGACUCGCCAAUGACAGUGAGGACCCGAAAAACAACAUUCCCAGAUACCUGAAUGAUUUGUACAUACUCGAGCUUCGUGCUGGGUCCAGCGUUGUCGCAUGGGAUAUUCCAAUCACGUAUGGAGUCCUGCCUCCUCCUCGUGAGAGCCACACCGCAGUGGUCUACACAGAAAAGACAAGUAGAAAAUCUCGACUGAUAAUUUAUGGGGGAAUGAGUGGAUGUCGUCUUGGAGAUCUGUGGACUCUUGACAUUGAUACCUUAACAUGGAACAAACCAUCAGUGAGCGGGACAGCACCACUUCCUAGGAGUCUACACUCUGCCACUACCAUCACAAAUAAGAUGUAUGUUUUUGGCGGAUGGGUUCCUUUGGUAAUGGAUGAUGUCAAAGUGGCCACACAUGAGAAAGAGUGGAAGUGCACAAACACCCUGGCCUGUUUAAAUCUUGAUACCAUGUGCUGGGAGACAGUGUUGAUGGACACCCUUGAAGACAACAUUCCCCGGGCCCGUGCUGGUCAUUGUGCUGUGUCUAUCAAUUCCAGACUGUAUGUUUGGAGUGGUCGUGAUGGCUACCGUAAAGCAUGGAACAACCAAGUCUGUUGUAAAGACCUCUGGUACCUGGAAACUGAGCGGCCACAUGCCCCUGCUCGAGUGCAGUUGGUCCGUGCCAAUACAAACUCCCUGGAAGUGAGCUGGGGAGCAGUUUCCACUGCGGACACAUACUUAUUGCAGCUGCAGAAAUAUGACAUCCCUGCAACUCCAGCUGUAGCCUCGCCAGCCAUGAGUGCGAUCCCCUCGCAACCCGUGAACUCUCCAAAGAGUCCCGUUCCGGCUGCUGCAGCCCCCUCACCACAGACCCUGUCACAAGCUGGUAUUACUGAUGUUUCCUCUAUUUUGCACCCAAGGCAAGCUCAAUUGUUGUUUUGUGCAAAAAGGCUUAUUACAUCUUUAUCAAUUUUUACAGCUGUGUUGAAGGUUGCUACUCAGCAAUCUGCCACAGGGGCGUCUGUUGUCACAGUCCGCCCAAGCCACCCUGGGAAAUCGCCUGUAACUGUGACAUCCCUUCCUCCUGGUGUCAGAAUGGUUAUGCCUGCCCAGGUCACCCAAGGCUCGCCUAUUGGUAGUAGCCCGCAGAUGAGUGGCAUGGCAGCAUUAGCCGCUGCAGCUGCAGCAACACAGAAGAUUCCGCCGUCCUCUGCUGGAACAGUCCUCAAUGUUCCUGCAGGUGCCACAAUUCUCAAAACAGUAGCUGUUUCCCCUGGCACAACUACAGUGAAAGUUGCUUCCCCAGUCAUGGUCAGCAACCCUGCCACACGCAUGCUGAAAACUGCUGCAGCGCAGGUGGGCACAGCAGGCACGUCCUCGCCCAGCACUACCACCAGGCCAAUCAUCACUGUGCACAAGUCUGGUGCAGUCACUGUGGCUCAGCAGGCCCAGGUGGUAACCACUGUGAUGGGAGGAGUUACCAAGACUAUCGCUUUGGUCAAGAGUCCCCUCACCAUGGGUAGUGGUGGCACGCUGAUCUCCAACCUUGGCAAGAUGAUGUCUGUGGUUCAAACCAAACCAGUGCAGACAUCAGCUGUCACGGGCCAAGCUUCCACGAACCCUCUCACCCAAAUAAUUCAGACAAAGGGUCCCCUGCCAGCCGGCACCAUUCUGAAGCUGGUGACCUCUGCGGAUGGAAAACCUGCAACAAUCAUCACCACCUCCCAGGCUGGAGGCGCCGGAAACAAACCCACAAUCCUUAAUAUCAGUGGUGUCUCUUCAAAUGCCGCUAAACAGGGCCCCACUAUUAUUAAAACCAUCCCGAUGUCAGCCAUCAUGACCCAACCUGGAGCAACAGGUGUGACAAGUAGCACAGGAAUGAAAACGCCCAUAACAAUCCUUACAACUAAGGUGAUGACCACUGGAACGCCUGGCAAAAUUAUCACUGCAGUGCCCAAGCUCGGAACUGCAGCUGGCCAACAGGGAUUGACACAGGUUGUUUUGAAGGGUGCCCCAGGGCAGCCAGGGACUAUUUUGCGCACUGUACCCAUGAGCACAGUUGGCGGUGUUCGACUUGUUACGCCAGUGACAGUAUCUGCUGUUAAACCCACUGUCACAACCCUGGUUGUCAAGGGAACAACUGGUGUCACCUCUCUCGGCACAGUCACUGGUACAGUCUCCACAAGCCUAGCAGGUGGAACUGUGGACACUGCUAAUGCAUCUCUGGUUACUCCCAUCACCACAUUGGGGACCAUUGCUACACUGUCCAGUCAGGUCAUCAGUUCGCCUGCGAUAACUGUGUCUGCUGCCCAGACUACCCUAACGUCUGCAACCACACUGCCCUCGUCCAGCAUCACAGUGCAGAACCAGCCCACCCAGGUCACUCUAAUCACAACUCCCAGUGGUGUAGAAGCCCAACCAGUGCAGGAUCUACCAGUGUCGAUCCUGGCUUCACCCACCUCUGAACAGCCCAGCUCCUCUGAGGCUGGAGCUGCUGGAGAUGGGUCCGGGACCGUAACUUUGGUCUGCUCUAACCCGCCGUGUGAGACACACGAUACAGGAACUACUAAUACAGCCACAACAUCGUCUGCCCCCAUCGGCGCAGGGCAAGUUUGCUCCAAUUCACCCUGCGAAACCCACGAAACCGGAACCACAGCCACCACCUCCUCCGCUACAAUUGGAGCAGGACAGGUCUGCUCAAACCCUCCUUGUGAGACCCACGAAACAGGAACCACCAACACAGCUACGAUGGCAUCAUCAAAUAUGCCUGCGCUUCGUGUGUGCUCCAACCCGCCAUGUGAGACCCAUGAAACGGGGACAACCAACACGGCAACCACAGCAUCAGCUAGCAUGGGAGGAGUCCAGCAGGUGUGCUCCAAUCCCCCCUGUGAGACUCACGUGACCGGUACCACCAACACAUCCACGCAGGCGUCCUCCAACAUGAGUGAAGGCCAGACUGGCACGGUGCAGAGGGUUUGCUCCAACGCACCUUGCGAAACCCACGAGACCGGGACAACUAACACGCCAUCGACGGCCACCUCCAACAUGGGAGGGGACCAGACCAGCUCAGCAACUGGUGCCGUUCAAAGAGUUUGCUCCAACCCACCUUGCGAAACACACGAGACUGGGACCACCAACACAGCCACCACUGCGACCAGCAGUUUUGAGGCAGGAGAAGGCACAGCAGCUCAGCAGACAGAUGAUGUAACUGAAGGCACCAGCAGCACUGAAGAGGCCUCUUCCACUGCAGCAGCUGUUACCACCACCACCCAGGGCAGGGCCAUCACUACUGUCACUCAGUCCACGCCUGCCCCUGGGCCAUCCGUACCUUCGAUCUCAUCAAUCACAGAGGGGGGGAGCACUGCAGCCAGCUCCACAGAAGAACCCAUGCAGACUGAAGCGGCUGCAUCAGCAGAAGCUGUACCUGCAGAGGAGGGAGCCACUCCUAUGGAAACUCAGGCAGAAGGAGAUGCAGUAGCCACAGCCACAGCCUUGAACCUGCCAUCGGAGCUCAUGUCUGAGGGCCAGGGGGCCACACUGAUGGUAACGGGGCUGUCAGACGAGGAGCUGGCUGUCACAGCUGCAGCAGAAGCCGCUGCUCAGGCAGCAGCUACUGAAGAAGCUCAGGCCUUGGCCAUCCAAGCAGUCCUCCAGGCUGCCCAGCAAGCUGUAAUGAAUGAAAGUGAUGCAGCUGGGGAGGGGCAGCAAACCACCACCAUCCCCAUCAUGUUGACACAGCAGGAGCUCGCAGCACUGGUCCAGCAGCAGCAGCAGCUUCAGGAGGCCCAGGCUGCCGCUCAGCAAGGUGCUGUAGACACAAGCAUGCCCACUGAGGGCCUCGCUCCUGCUGACAGCCUCAACGACCCCUCUGUGGAGAGCAACGGACACAGCGAGAUGGCUGCCGCAGUAACAAGUGCAGUGGCCUCCCUGCUGCCACGUACCACUGCUGAGACACUGGCUCCGUCGAGUACAUUUGCACCGGUUGUGUCAGUGGCCAGUCCCGCCAAGCUGCAAGCGGCAGCUGCACUAGCUGAAGUAGCCAAUGGCAUUGAGGGAGAGAAACAAGCCCCUCAGCCAACCCCUGUGAAGCCUGCUGUAAAGAAAGAGAAUCAGUGGUUUGAUGUCGGAAUUGUCAAAGUGACAAAUAUGGUUGUCACUCACUUCUAUGUGCCAGCAGAUGAUUCACAAGGAGAUGAUGACUCUGGCGUUAUUCCAGACUACGGCCAGAUGAAGAAAAUGGAGCUUCAGCCUGGGACAGCGUACAAGUUUCGUGUAGCUGGAAUCAAUGCUUGUGGCCGUGGGGCCUUCUCAGAGAUAUCCGCUUUUAAGACUUGCCUGCCUGGAUUCCCCGGCGCACCAUGCGCCAUCAAAAUCAGCAAGAGCCCAGAUGGCGCUCACCUGACCUGGGAGCCUCCCAGUGUGACGUCAGGGAAGAUCAUUGAGUAUUCCGUGUACCUGGCCAUCCAGAGCAACCAGACGGCCGAGGCCAAGGCCUCCACCCCGGCCCAGUUAGCAUUUAUGCGCGUGUACUGUGGGCCCAACCCCUCUUGCCUGGUGCAGUCUUCCAGCCUCUCCAACGCCCACAUCGACUACACCACCAAGCCAGCCAUCAUCUUCCGCAUCGCCGCCCGAAAUGAGAAGGGCUACGGUCCUGCCACUCAAGUUCGAUGGCUGCAGGAAUCUGGCAAAGAUGGCGCCUCUGCAAAACCGGCACCCAAAAGACCAGGCACCUCUCCUGAUACUAAGACUACUGGUCCAAAGAAAGCAAGGACGGACCAGUGAGGUUUCCCAGAGAUCCCUCCCCCUUUGUCCUUUUCCUAUUUGCUGUCCUUUUUAUCAGGAAGACCUCUUCAUCCUCAAUGUCAUCCGAACAGCAUCCUCCUCCUCCACCCUCAAGUCUCAGACACGACAACAACAGAGGCACAACACCCGAAUGAAGCCGAGAUGAAAGUCAAUCUGAGUCGUUUCUGUAGAUAAAACCCUCUUUCGUCCAUGUUCUGUUGGCCAUGAUAUUUGUAGAGUGGCAUAAACCUAGAAGCACAUUAUCUUUUUCAGUCGAAUCGAAUCCUCUUUCGCCAUUUUAAUGUUUGCUUUUUGGGGGGCUUGUUUCAGUAGUUUAACAGUAGAGAACCAUUUUCAUCUUUCACAAAGUGGGAGCCAGCCUGGGUGCUAUGUUACUUUUUUCUGGGUCAUCUUUUGUGGGGGAUGUAGCGAGAGACUACAUAAAUGUACAGUGUUGGAACAAGGCUGUGGAGGCAUUAGAUUAGAUGAACGGAAAUCAGUAUGGAAUCAAAUAAAGCACUUGUCCUUAAUGAGAGGACAUUAUUUUUUUCCUUUCUUUUUUGCUCCAAAUUGCAUCAACAAGACCUGAGUCCAUACAGUCAUGAUGGUACGGGACUCCUGGUAACGUCAUCACUGUGUGCUUUUCACCCCAAGAUGAGGACUGGUGGCAUCCGGAUGUGGUCUCCCUCCCCCAAAAUAAAAUAAUUUGUAGAGAAUUGACCUUGAACUUUGCUCCGACUGAGACUUGCACCCCACACACACACACACACACACACAAAUCAUUGCAAAAUCUUCCCCAAAAAUUAGCGUGCAAUGGCGCAGAUCUUUUUGUGUAGUUUAUUUUUGUAUAUAUUUUUUUUAAGCUUUCCCCCAACUGUGUAUGUGUGCAUUUUUAAAAACAUCACCUUUUUUUUUUUUUUUUUUUUUUAAACUGUUUGUUCCUCCCCUCACCCAAUAGUUUGUGUUUGUGGGCAGAUGGGUGGCCAUGUUGAAGUUGCCACUAUAUUUUUAAAAGUCGUCACUCAGUUGGUUGUAUGUUCUUGUUAACAGAUGGUAAUGAAAGAGCGAAACUUUUGUAUGUAUUUGUUUCAAGUAGAACUGCAGAGGUUAUAGGACUGAAGGGAACUUUAAGUGGACCCAGGGAUAGAUUUUACUUUGUUUACUACAACGGUCUCCAUGCUUGUUUUUGCUUUGUUUGCCAAACAUGGUUUCAUGGGAUUCAUACCCACUCCCUUAACAUCCCACUCAGUUGUCCUAUGCUUUUUAUGCUCAUGAAUGUGGUCUCUCACCUCUUCAUUUUUGUUUUGUUUUUGUAGAAUGUCAAAUUAUAUUAGUAGGCAUAUUCCCCUAUCCUAUUGAUGUAUGUGAAUCCAUUUAAUAAAUUUUAAUUUUUUUUUUCCCUUCUUUGACUCUGUAUUUCAAACUGCAGAUGGCAUGCCAGUCAGCUGCGAGGUGCAAACCUGUGUGACUUCGAUUGAGGUUGUCUUUGAGCAAAAGAGCUUACAUAGCCAGUGUACUCACUUGUAAAUUAGUUCGUUCAUAGAGCAAGAAUAAAACAAAACAAAAUCACGUUGGCCUUUUAUAUAAUUACCUGUGACGCUGUUUUUUCACAUUGGUCAUCGCUUCAUUGCCUUUUUGUGUAUUUACUAUGAAAGAAAAAAUCUAUAUACAAAGAUAUGUAUAGUCUCCCUGAUUGUUUUUGAUUUGCCUGUAUCAUGCCGAUUCUGCGUGUGGGAGUCAUAAUCCCAUGACAGUACAGCGCCAACUUGUACUGGAGUGUUUGUUUUCGCCAAGGCCGUGCAUCUCUGUUGUGAUGAUACUGGCCAGCCUGUUCUCUCUCUGUUGUCUCUCAUCUAAUCUACCUUUUGUGGGUUCGCUCAGUUUCUUUGUCUGGCUGAACUUUCUCUUCAAAUGCAUUCUUAUUUUUUGUGCGUGUCAGUGUGUCUGUUGAACAAAACUAGACAUGCAUGCAAAAGCAGUGUAUUUUGGUAGUGAUGCCUUAAAUUAAUUAGAUCAUACGCUGAAGGUUCUACAAGGAAAAACAACAAAAAAAAAAACAAGAAGUUUGUUCCUCUCUCCACGUGGUAUUCAAGUGUGUCCUUCCCUUCCUCAGUCCCUUUGCAGGGUCACUCUUUUUGCACCCUUGUUCGAUAGGUCACCGUCAGCAGUGCCGAGAUGUGUCUGACCUUUCCCCUCCACGAGUGGUUCUGUCACCACUGGCAGUCGUUGCGAGUUUCUCUCGACGAAUCGCAAGCUACCUGGAAAUGUCCUGUAUUUUCAAAUGUGUGUUUUUUUGUACUGUAGGGAGUAAUGUAUCUUUUAUCAUCCAAAAAAUAAACAUGGUAAACAGCC